UUUUCAUGUUUCUCCCUUUGAUGGGUCGUUUUUGUUCUUCUUUUUGUCCGUGAUUUCUACAUUCGUAUUGUCGGAAAUGGCCUCCAUUCUACGGUUUAGGAAACUAUACUAUGUAGAGCAAGCGGUUAAGUGUUCUUCAGUGGGGUUUGAAUCUUUGGAUCAGUCACCCAAGAUUGAUCAAAAGCUUGACAAGAAGGAAGAAGAUGUCAUUUCUGCUAAUAAUUUAGCCUUGGGGAUCAACAAGAGAAAGCGGGCAAAGGAAUGGAGGUGCAUAGAUUCUUGUUGUUGGAUAAUUGGGUGCCUUUGCACCACUUGGUUGCUCCUUCUGUUAUUGUGCCACUGCUGGCCGGUUACAUUGCUUAGGGUCCCUGAAUUACCUGGUCCAGGAGCAAGGCUUAAACGUGAAGGCUUGACGGCACUUCACCCUGUGGUUUUAGUCCCCGGCAUCGUCACAGGUGGGCUCGAGCUAUGGGAAGGCAAGCCUUGUGCUGAUGGUCUGUUUCGUAAACGCCUUUGGGGUGGUAGUUUCACUGAGAUAUUCAAAAGGCCUCUGUGUUUGUUGGAGCACUUGUCUUUGCACUACGAAACUGGCCUUGACCCACCAGGAAUCCGGCUUCGUGCCGUACCGGGGAUGGUUGCAGCCGACUAUUUUGCUCCCGGAUACUUCGUGUGGGCCGUUCUCAUUGAAAAUUUGGCAAAAAUUGGCUAUGAAGGGAAGAACUUGCAUAUGGCUGCUUAUGACUGGAGGCUAUCUUUCCAGAAUACAGAGAUUCGAGACCAUGCUCUUACUAGGCUGAAGACUAAAAUUGAGCUAAUGUAUAUAACGAAUGGCUAUAAGAAAGUGGUAGUGGUGCCCCAUUCCAUGGGGGUUAUCUAUUUUCUUCACUUCCUUAAAUGGGUUGAAACACCUCCUCCUAUCGGGGGCAGUGGUGGUCCAGGUUGGUGUGCCAAGCACAUCAAGGCGAUCAUGAACAUCGGUCCGGCAUUUCUCGGUGUUCCAAAGGCUGUUAGUAUUUUGUUCUCUGCCGAAGGAAAAGAUGCUUCUUAUCUCAGAGCUAUGGCGCCGGGAGUUUUUGAUUCUGAGAUUUUAGGGCUUCAAACAUUUGAACAUGUCUUGCGGAUGUCUCGGACUUGGGACUCCAUUGUAUCAUUGUUGCCGAAAGGUGGAGACACGAUUUGGGGGAACAUGGAUUGGUCUCCUGAAGAAGGUCAUGUUUGUGACUUCUCCAAAAAAAGCCACUCUCAGACCUCUCUAAGCGACAACAAUGUCAAUAACAGUGACGUAAAGAGAGGUUUCCGAGUGAAAGAUCUCGCCAAGUAUGGAAGAAUAAUCUCUUUCGGCAAGGCAGCCUCAGUAUUGCAUUCUUCAAAGCUUCCCACUGUUGAUUCAAAGGAAUUUUCUCGAACGAGUGCUUCCCUAAAUUUCAACAUCUCGUGUGGAGAUAUAUGGACUGAAUAUGAUGAGAUGAGCAGGCAGAGCAUCCAAAAUGUUGCAGCAGAUAAAGCAUACACAAGUACAGCUCUUAUCGAUCUGCUUCGGCUUGUGGCGCCAAAGAUGAUGAGACGAGCCGAAGCUCACUUUUCUCAUGGAAUUGCAGACAAUCUUGAUGACCCUAAAUACAACCAUUACAAAUAUUGGUCUAAUCCACUUGAAACGAAGUUACCGGACGCUCCGGACAUGGAGAUAUACUGCUUGUACGGUGUCGGACUUCCGACUGAAAGGUCAUACGUAUACAAGUUAUCACCCAGCAGUAGGUGCAAAAGCAUUCCAUACAAGAUCGAUAGCUCAAUCAGCGGAGAAGAAAAUAGCUGCUUGAGAGGUGGAGUAUAUUUCGCUGACGGGGAUGAAAGUGUACCGGUUCUAAGUGCUGGAUUCAUGUGUGCGAAAGGUUGGAGAGGAAGAACCCGAUUCAAUCCAUCUGGUAUUGCUACAUACAUCAGGGAGUACCGGCACAAGCCACCAACUAGUCUACUCGAAGGGAGGGGCAUAGAGAGUGGGUCACAUGUUGACAUCAUGGGAAAUUCGGCUCUGAUUGAGGACAUAUUGUGCGUUGCAGCAGGAGCCACCGGAUAUGAGAUAGGAGGUGAUCGGAUUCACUCGGACAUCUUAAGAAUGUCCGAGAGAAUCAACCUUCCGCUAUGAUUAUAUUUAGUUUAGAGG